AUGCUGGUUCCUGAAUGUUAUUGCGUGGACGAGUGCUACAUGGAACGCGAACGUGCCGUACCGAAUUCGACCGAUCUUUAUCCGGUAAAUCCUCGGGAAUUCGGACAUCAUUUAUGGAGCAACGCCGUGUAUAUAAUCCUGCUUCUCGUCCGUGAAGGUUUGAUUCAUAAAUCGGACUUAGAUCCUAUUAAUAGACAUCUGCCUGCUUCCCAGCGCCCAAUGCAGUUCAAGCGGCACUCGGAAUUUCAAGGUAGCAUGGAAGGCGACCCUGUUGUCCAAAUUGCCUUAUUAGCAGAGUCGACUCAUCUCCAGAUGACGCUCUCCACAUACGGUAUUAGCUGCCAGACUCCUCAUGAAGUGGAGCCUAUUCAGAUCUGGCCCAGCUGGAGAAUGGUUAAGCGAGACAUCGAAUUUGUUGCAAGGCGAUGGAAACUGACUGGGCGGCCGACUAUGUGCCUUCUCCUACGUGAGGAAAACAUUGUGGGAGAGUAUUUCGAUCACAUUCUGGAUCUUCUCGUGCAACUGAAAACCGGCUAUGUUAACGGCAUUCGAGUUCGAGUGGGCAGAGUUCAUCAACUUCUAAACACAAGUUGUAUUGAGCACAUUGACUUUGCUUCAUCUGACGAUGUCGAAUUUGACAUUGAUGUGCUUGAGGAAACUGGUAGAGAUCAAAUUCUUUCACGCAACAACCUGCUUGACGUAGUUGAUGAUGAAACAACUGAUGAGAAAGAGGUUCAAAAGCUUUCUGAUGAAGAGCUCUGCGAAAUCAUUCGGAAAGAUGAUGUAGAUCGUCCGAGAUUGAUGGCGUUUACAUUGACGGCCAUGUGGAUGAGACGCCAUCCGGAAACUCCCAUUCAUGGCUGUUCUAUCCGUGAGCGUAUGGAACGGCUCUACCGUAGAGUAUGCCAACUACGUCUUUGGUGGUUAGUACGAUAUUGUGCUGGGCGCUUACGAAAAGCAGUGAACAGUCUGGCUCCCGGUAUUACGAAUAUGUUGGUCAGAGGCAAACAGGUGACGCUCGGAGUUCGAAGUGUACGCGAAGUGGUGAUAUCUCGUCCAAUUUCACCAGGAGAGCUAGUGGAUACAUUGUUCUCGUGUUGCCCUCAGGAGGAGCCUCAUAUCGCUGUUAUGCAACAAGAGUUAAUCAUUGCGUGCUCCGACUUGAUGAGCAAAACUCCGUCGGCAUUUGACGGGGUACUCACAAUACGUUUGUCAUGGUUGGCUGACGCCAUCACCCUUCUGCUGAACUACGUCCGUGUUACCGGCUCCAGGAUAGAUAACGCUAGUUCACUUACUCCAGCCACGCCAGGCACAACGGGCAUACCAGCA